GGUCGGCCGCAUGAAGAUCGAGCUGUUCGCCGAUGUUGUACCCAAAACGGCAGAGAACUUCAGGCAGUUUUGUACGGGUGAAUUCAGGAAAGACGGUGUCCCUAUAGGUUAUAAAGGAAGCACUUUCCACAGGGUAAUAAAGGAUUUCAUGAUCCAAGGAGGUGACUUUGUAAACGGAGACGGCACUGGAGUAGCCAGUAUAUAUAGGGGUCCUUUUGCAGAUGAAAACUUCAAGCUGAAGCACUCUGCUCCUGGGCUGCUCUCUAUGGCAAACAGUGGUCCAAGUACCAACGGCUGUCAGUUUUUCAUUACGUGCUCCAAAUGUGACUGGUUGGAUGGAAAACACGUCGUGUUUGGUAAAAUUGUCGAUGGGCUGUUGGUGAUGAGAAAAAUUGAAAAUGUGCCUACGGGUCCAAAUAACAAACCCAAGCUGCCAGUUGUGAUCUCUCAGUGUGGGGAAAUGUAAAGCAAUGAAACAGAAAUGUGUCUGCAGAGAGCUGACUCAGUUCAGUGAAACGCCAGAAGAUGCUUCUCUAACAGCGUUAGUUUUUUGCCAGCUCAACUCCCUGAACUGGCUUCCCUCCGAGCUACACAGGCAUCAAAGGCAGUGCUAGAGGGAUAAGAUUUCGCAGCUGCGAUCAAGGGGAAGAUGGGGUGUGGAAGCUGUGCCUUGGAUGGGGUUAGGCUGCCUUGAAGCCUCGGCUUUAGAAACCAGUGGAUGAAAGGGAACUGCGACAGGAAUCCAGCUGGUAUUACCCAGACAGUCUAGGGGGUGGGGGGCUUCACUUUGACCUGCAGGUUGGUGAACUCUGAUUGCUACAGAAGGCAGAGCAUCCAUGUGCGGGAUGGAUGCCACCACUGAAGGGCCAAGGAAUUAUCAUGUUACAUAGUCUUACCUUAACUCGAAAAAAUACCACUGUCCUCAUCUGAAGGGAGAUGUUUCCAGCAUUUACUAUUAUUCAGGCUUCAUUUUGGUUAAACUAAUAGGCUCAAGACAGAGCUCAGGCUAACAUACAGUAUUCUGUUUCCAUUUGUCCGCCCACUUCACCGUAAAAAACACAAGCAUUUAAACAAAUCUGUCUAGAUUUCAAUGUGUCAGGCUGCAGCUUGUCAAAAAUCUGCUGUAUUAGCCUUUUGGUUGCUGA